CUUACUCCUGACGAGCUUUUUUUCGAUUUCUGUUUCCAUCCGCCCCGAAACAGCUUUGUGUGUGCCGCAGUCUCCCCAGCUGUCAUCGUACCGAAUAUGAUGCGACUCGAAGUCACCGGGUGGGGUGUCCGUCAGGGUAUUCCCACUCUCGUCGUGGCCGCUUCAAGUAUGGAUGACGUGAUUGCAAUCACUGGAUUCGGAGUGGCACUGGCCGUUUGUUUGGCCACAGGCAAGAGUUUGACGGAAGCCCUGUUACACGGUCCUUUGGAGGCGUUCGGUGGAGCCGCAUUCGGAACAGCCGUCGGCUCGUUACUCUGUCUGUUCCCACCUCCAAAGCUAGAACAUUCUCAUCUUAUUCGUGGUAUACUUCUCAUGUGUUUCGCAAUAACCGGUCUCAGUGGGUCCGUUCUACUGGAUGUCGCCGGUGCUGGAGCUUUGGCAUGCCUCACUUUGGCUUUUGUUGUCGCCACAUGCUGGAGAGCCGGCUAUCCGUGGCGACUAACACAGUCCGAGAUGAUGCUUGACUCCGAGGAUCCAGAUUCUUGUGGCUCACCCAUAUUUCAGUCAUCCGACGAUGAGCAAAACAGAGGGGGGCCUAAGCCGUCCGUUGUCAGUGAGACGAUGACUGAAAAAGCGUUUGGACGAAACGCAUUCGGAAGAGGUGUCCCAAAAGCUAACCGUCGACCAGUGACUGAGCUAGACACUACCAGCUUACGAAAAAUAUCAGCGCAGGAUGACGAAAGUGUGGUUCCUGACCACGAUCCAACGUUCAAACGUCGUCAACACAAGGAAUCUGGUGCAUCAAGUAUCUUAGAAUCGCUGGUUGAGUACCAUCCAUAUUACUGCUCUAUUUUGCAACAACAGUACCGAAAUUCGAUGAGAAAAGAGCAUCAGGGAGCUAGUAAUCGUUCUUCUAUGUCUAAAAAAGGCUUGAAAUCCCUACACGGCGCUGUGGCCGUGGCCGCGACCGGUACGGAGCGCAGACCAUCAGGGACAACUGUGAUCCCCUUCCCCGUUCGGGGGACCAAACCGCGUGCUUCCAGGCGAUUCAGUCUACCGGAACCCACUGCUCACUACGAACUAGAGUCGUUCACGGUAUCGCCUGCUUUCCGUCGAGAUAUGGGUUCGACAUCCUCCAGAUCAAGUAACCAAAAACUAUCAAAAUACAGAAGACGCAUACUUUCCCCCAAUUUCCGAGAGCAGUAUGCAGCAAUGCACAGCCAACCGGUGGAAAAAUUGGACGAGAAAGAGGAGCUUGAAGACGAGUAUAUGACGCAAGCACAGAAACCUAAAGAAACUGAGUUGUAUGCCGAAAAAGAAUCGGAAAAGAAUGUGAACGCGUUUGGAUCCAGUACAGCCAUUACCAAUGGCGCGGACAGCUUGGUGGCUUUGCCAGCUACUCCACAGGAACGUGGUUUGACGUGCCUAAAUUCAAUGCGACAAACAUUAGCGGCCGUCUGGUGGUUUGUUCAGCCAGUACUUUUCACCCUGAUUGGAGCGGAAGUCAAUCUGUUCAGGUUGGCUGGUGGUUCGACAGGUGUUGGAGUAAGCUGUUUACUAAUCGCUCUUCUGGUUCGUGUCGCUGCCACAGUAAUGGCUGUCCUACCAUCCAAGAUGAACAUGAAAGAACGUCUAUUUGUCGGCCUGUCUUGGUUGCCAAAGGCCACGGUUCAGGCCGCUGUCGGUCCCGUUGCUCUGGACACAGCGAGAAAAUUACACGCAUCGCCGGAAAUUAUUGGAUACGGUGAACUGGUGCUCACUUUGGCCGCGAUUGCAAUUCUCAUCUCAGCCCCUCUUGGAGCCAUCCUGAUCCCACUAACUGCACCCUAUCUAUUACAACAAGACUUGACCGCGACACAAGUCAUGGUUGCUCAAACUAGACGGAGAAAGAAACCGGAAUCGUCCCCUCAUCCACCACCUGUGCAAGUCACCAAGUCGACGACCUUGCCACCGCUGCCUGAGAGACCUGUAGGGACACAGUCACACACACUCUCUGUGAACUACCACAGCACUGAAGAGCUACAUUAAGCUCAAAUGCUCUUCCAACACUUUCCCUACUGUUAUGCGAGUAUUUGGAAUGCUUGUUUUUCACGAACAAGUCCCAGCUGUAAGCUCAGACGAGCGCGCAACUUGUUUCUAUAGCCGGAACGUUUUUUCUUAUAGUAAAUUACUAACCAUAUUUUUACGGAUUUUACACCAUUCGCUAUGAUUUAGCCAAUGCACUGGAGCGCGACAAAGUAGAGAACUCAGUCAUCCCAUUCACACUGUUCUAUACAUUUUGACUUGUAUGUUGAUGCUGACUUGAAAAUUCUCAACCACUAUCAAAUGGCGCGCUUGAUUCGAGAAUAAGGGUUUGUUGCUCUUGUCUGUAAUUUAGUCCCCAUCCAUCCUUCACUUUUAUCCCCUACCCACUCAUUUCUGGAACGUGUUUAUCCAGUCUACUGACAUUCUAGAGCAUGUCGUUACAGAUGAUUGAUUGUCUUUCACAAAUUAAUUGCUUUUUAUUCCCCCAAAUUGUCCGUGUCAAUUUAUCCCCAUUGCUACCGAUUCUUGAUCCCCAUCCACUUUGAGCAACCAACGAUCAAGGCAAGUGAGGGGAUUCCCCACUCUCACCCAUGGUUGUAGCAGCACACUGGUGACGAUAUCCCCCACGAAAAGAACAUGUUGCCUCUGGGUGUGUGAUACACAAGCCGGACAAUCAACAAGUUCCGGGUCUAUCCCAACCCUCACGUCAGUUGGAUUGUUGUAUCUAAAUGUAAUUUUUAUAGAAUAGACCGAGGACCCUACUGUCUUCACAACUUCCGUUCAAUUGAUAGACUAUGAGGAUGAAAGACCGUCCGCUCCCCUAGUACGUACUGCAUACUGUGUACACACACUCACACGAAAAACUUAGGUGUGUUUGUUGGACUUGCCAUCUCAAAAAUAUUUUUCUAUCUCUUUUUUAUGCCUCACUUAUGUCUGUGCUGAGUAGUAAUCACCGAUCUCCUGACUCUCAAGCACAUUCAUCUGGCUCACUCCCUUCAGAAUCUGAUUUCAAGUGAAAUGUUUGAUAAUUAUAGUUUCGUUUCCAUCCCAUCGCACCCUCCCCCAUUUGGUGUCCCACAAUGCGAACUCGGAUUGGUCGAGAACAGCGCGCACGAGUUAUUGAUUUUUUC